AUGCCACUUCUCAUCCUCAAGACGGGAAUGCUUUUCCUGAUGUUGGUGUGCUAUCAUAUCAGCACAACACCCCCGGCUCCCUCCGCUACGACACCAGAGCGCGCGAAGGUCAAAACGACAGGCACAACGGGGUUCGUCGAGGCACACAUGGGAACUUUGACAUUGUUAUACAAGAUCAUCGUCACUAUCACACUUCUCAUGGAGAUAGUCGGCACCUUCAGCGCCUCCAGUAUAGCCACUUCUCUCGCCAGGCGCACGAACAUCGACGUUCUUGGAGACCCCGACGUGCACAUCUCGCCGCUAUUCUGUCUGGGGGCGUGUCUGGUGUACGCUGCUGCUUGGCUUCGACGCACUUGUUUCAACAUGAUGGGCUCGCAGUUCACUUUCCAAAUGUCGAUCAAGAAGCAGCAUCGGCUUGUCACAAGCGGUCCAUAUGCGGUCGUGCGACACCCUUCGUACACCGCGUUGCUGAUGCUCACCAUUGGCUUGACAUUGUGCGAGUUAAGCGACGGGAUGUGGUGGUCUUCUGUGGGUCUUCAUCAGACAGCGGCGGGAAAAGUACUCUGUCUUGCCUGGGUGUGGACAGUAGUGCACAUCUGCAUGAUCGCGGCUCGUGGAUGGAAGGAGGACGCCUUUCUAAGGAACGAGUUCCAAGGCCAGUCUCAUAUGAGAGGCCGACCGCCUUCCGCGUGGUUUGUACGCUCGUAUGCUGUGCCGUGA